AUGGCCAUGAUAGAUAUCCACGAUGCGGCGAGACGUGGCGACAAAACGGCCCUAUUAGAGCUCCUUCAAGAUCCGGAAUUUGAUAAAAUCAAUAACAAGGACAAGCACGGCUACACGCCGUUAUGGAUUGCUUGUCGUCAGGGACACGCGCCAUUUGUCGCUGCGUGUUUUGGAUUGGACGAAAUCAUUAAUAUGUUGCUUGCGCAACCUGGUAUCGAACUUAACACCAAAGAUGUUAAUGGCCAUACCCCAUUGACCGUUGCAGUGAAGAAAGGCUUCGAAAGUACAGUGAACCUGCUCCUGAACAUGGACGAAAUCGACUUGGGUCCGGAUGGUCGCAACAAGACGCCACUUACCACAGUUUUCGAAGCUGGUCAUUUGACAAUAGCUUUGAAUCUACCACAAAAACGAACGACACGAUAUUAUCAUGGGCAGCAGCGAAUGAAACAGCUCCAAGAGAAAGGUCGCUCAGAGAUGAUCGACGAUCUCGCUGGUGAUGCUAAGAAUUUGGCGGAACUUCGUCGUUGUCUUCGUACCCAAGUUCAUGACGCAAAGACGUUUAUUAUGGAUUAUGGGCGCUCUCGGGGAGUAGACGUUGACCAACAGGCGAUUGGGUCAAUAGAGGGCUUUGCUAAAGUUGAUGAUUUACUUCGAGAGUUAGAUCAAACCAUUAGAGACUUGUUAGGAUUUGCGUGGGUCUCGAUCCAUGAGGCUCACAAGUCUGCGAGCCUUGGAACAAGCAUGAAAAGACUUAGCUGGAUCACAUUCAUCUUCCUGCCGGCUAUGUUUGCAUCGAGCCUAUUCGGCAUGAAUGUGAACAUACUAGAGGAUAAUCCUGACUGGCGAUGGUACCUUCUUUUCGUAAGCACUAUACUAUUCCUUACCAUCGCCGUGUGGUUGUUGUUCAAGUAUCUGAAGAUCGAGACUGAAGUACAAAAGCAUUUGAAUCGAUGGAGAAUGGAAUUCAAGAAGAGGAAAGGGAAUCAGAAGAAGAGAGGAACAGCAAAAUAUACUGUUUAA